UCAGACUAUACGCAGAGAAGUUGAGCGAAAUUCGAAGGAGAUCCUAUCCUGUUCAAUCAUCGUAGAUAGGUGAUUCCAUCACGGACUCGAGUGCUUCAGGACAGCCUGUAAUCUCGAAAACCCCGUGGAUACAGUCACGAACCCGUCCCAGGACCGGGAGCUCGGCUCAAGAUGUCGGAGGAUCGAGACGUCAUCGAAGCCAUUUGGUCUGGGAGCAUACCCGCUUGCUUCAAGCUUGCAAGCCAUGAAUGCACUUCGCUCCAGAAUCCGGAACCAUUUUUCGCUAUGCUUCCGAGGAUAUCCUAUCUACCUCUACUGUGGGAAAAAAUUCAACGUCACUUCGCUCAUUUUGUGACGGAAGAAAGCCGGUCGUCACCAAUCUGGCUAGAAUAUAACCUCGUGCCGCUCCGUUGGCAGUACCCGAUCGGGCUGCUAUUUGAUCUCCUUGGGGAGAAAGCCACUCUUCCCUGGAAUAUCACGGUCCACUUCAAUGAUUUCCCUGUGAAAGAAGUUCUGGCCUGCCCUUCGCGCCAGGUCGCAGAGGCGCAGUUCCUGAACAGUAUCAAGGAAGCGGAUUUCCUGAAAACCCGGAAAAAAGUCAUGAAUACGAUGACGCAAGGUGAACGACGGCAGAUGACCGCAGCCCUUCACAGUUUGAGAACUGAGAACUUCUGGGCCGUUAAUCGGAAGCUCAUGUUCACUGGAGAGCCCUGGAAGCAUGUGCCGCUGCGGGUCUUUCUAUCGGAAAAUUGUCGCCAACUCCAAAAAUUGGUCGGUAUCAGCAACGCCGAGAACGAGCCCCUGACCCUCCGGGAGGUUCUCAACGAUUGGAUUCAGGAGUUUUCAGACGAGAGAUACGAGGUUCUCCUGCAUGGUGUGCCAGCCCCACUGGAAGCCCCUCUGCAAUGGUUGGGUGUAAACAUGAGUUACGCCGACAACUUCCUUUAUGUAGUCGUGAGACCGAAAUAA